UAAUGCAGUUAAAUUAUAACACAUCGGAGUCGGUAGAGGUAACGAAAGUCUGACAGAUGCUUGGAGACAUCUGGGCCACUGAAUAUGGCUCUGUAAUGGAAGAAAAGAGAAACAUAGAGAAGCUGGCAAGAAAGUGGGAGACAGGAGAGAUGAUCAUUGGUGAUUCCAAACAAUAGCACAGCCACAGAAGCCUACCGCCAUGCCAUCAUUUGCAGAGUUGAAGGAAAAGGCGACAAAAGUCAAGGAUGAUGGCGUAACUAAGAUACAAAAUACACGGGAUAGGCACUCCAGUGUACCUCUUAAAAAGACGAAUUGGGACCCAUACACUAAGCAGCCGCCUCCACCGCCUCCUGCUCCACGUACUAGUAUUUCAGCUCACCCAUCAAUAUCUCCUCCACCUUCUCGUUCGUCGAUAUCUCCACCCCCACAAGCUCCAGGACGAGGAGCACUUCCACCGCCUAUCAAGCGCUCAACACGCCCACCCCUUCACAGUGCUCCAUCGGAUUCACCUUCCGCCAGCGUCCCUUCGCUGCCUCCUCGAAGAUUUCCAGCACCGUCAUAUCGAUCUGCUUCAGCCGAACCAGAGAUUGAUUGGGCCAAUCUUUCACUGGAGGAUAAACAAGUCUUCUUCAGCUGGUUGGAUGAGUUUUUCGAGAGGUCAUAUGGCAUUCCGGCGUCAUCUCAGUGAGGCCGUCUUGCUUUUGAAUUAGAAUGACCGCGUGUACUGGAUGACAUUGGAUGGCCAGUUCUCUUAGUCUUACCCUUACACUUGUCGCUUACUCGCCUC